AUGCUGGGCCACCCCAUGCUCCUGAGGACCCUCGGCUUCCGCAACAUGCUGGACAUGAUCCGGGAGAUGCCUGACGUGGUGUACAUUGACUACCUGGAAGAUGGCAGCUUGGUGUUGAAAAGUAAGUAAUACUGAGCACUAGUCCCACCUUUGGCUUAUGAAGUUAUAGUGUUUUGGCACAUAUCAUGCUUUUGUUUUCAUGUUUAUGGAGUUAACAUUUUUGGUUCUUCUUUGAGUAUAGUAUGCACUAUGAGGAGUCCGAGAAGCUGAGCACAGAUAUCGUUGUACAACACAGAUGUCAAUUCCACUCCUUUCCAUUCCAAACUCAGCACACAAACCUAUCUCUCUUUACCCAUUCUGCAGCAGUGGCGGACGACACCACCAGAGGCAUCGUGGAGUUGGUUGCCAGACAGCGCAGCGCCAACAAGGCCCCAGCUUGGCGUGGUGGCGUGGGCUUCUUCUCCCAAUGCUACCAGGAACACAACCCCAUGGUCCUGCCCCAGCACGGCCACGCUCCCCCGGCACUGCCGGCCCAACUCCGCGCCCAGCUCCGCCAGCUGCUCUCCCAGGGGGCCGUGGGCCUGUCGGAGCUGGAGACUGCCUUCGCCCGCCACUAUGGCUUCCCUUUACGUGUCACUAACUAUGGCUUCUACUCCAUCGCCGGGAUGCUGCUGGCGGACGCCGACCUGGUGGCGGUCACACAGAGCCGGACGGGCUCCCUGCUGCCCCUCAGGGGGGGGGGAGGUGGCGCCACUGAUGAGGACCAGACCAAAAAAGCAACUCUUCUCACCGAAGCAGACAUUCCAAACGGUUCCAGGAGUAAGGCAGAUGACAGACAAACAGAAAAACAGACAGACAAACUCUCAGGUUGGUUGGUUGGUUGGUUGGCAGAUUGUAGAAUUGAAUUGAUUGAAUUUCUACUCAGGCACACUGCGCAUUGCAUAUAUCCAUUCAAUGCAUCCUGCAAAGCACAUACCCGUCAAACACACCUGCGGCGAACACUUUGCGGCUACUUCUGAAGUGUUUUUGUUUACGAUUUCUUCACGCUAUUUUCAGUAAAAUGACGAGUGUAGUAUUGAAUGGUAGAGUUGGAGUAGUCCCUUCAUCAUAGAUGCAUUAUAAUCAAACUAGUUAUCUCUCCCUUGUCGUGACAGAAAUUAUUUUCUGUAUUGCUCUGUCUGUUUAAUCCCGGUAAAAAAAAACACCACAGUGUACAGUACUCAGAAUGAUGUGGCAUCACUCCCUGAGGCUGCAGGCCCUUACGGCCCAGAGAGGGACCAGGGCUCACAGCCAAUGGAAUACACAAACCAGUCUGAGCCUGAGCCCACCCAGAACAGACAACUGUUUCAGAAGUGUGUCACCAAGGUGUGUGUGAUGCUGCCUUUACCCCUGUGAUGUGUGUUCAGCCACAUAUAAAUAGUUUCCCCCUUGAUCUUGUUUUUGAUUGGGUGCAAAGCCCUCCAAUGACAUUUACGACGCGGGGCGGUGGUGCCCCCGGACGCCAGGCGAGGCAAGAGACUGAGGGCCCCCACGCCCAGGGGCCCCCAAGAGCCAGGAGCCCCACGCCCUGUAGAACAUGAUGAUCAAGAUGAGGUGAACAGCAACAACAAUAACAACUACAACAGCCCUCUGCUAGACUGGAGGGUUAGGGAGAGGAACAUGAGGCUUCCCUGCCUCAGUGGGUCAGAUUUGUAGUCAUAGACAUGUAGUCCAAUUGCCUUAUUCUGUAUGAAUGUGCCAUAACUGGUCAUAUGUAUUUGGCGUCCACCAUAUUGCUCUCAACUAAGUGUUUUCAGAUCAGUGCAGAUGAAGGACAGGAGACAAGGGGAGGAAGCUACUGAAUGCUAUUGAGAUCCUAUGUUUCCUAUCCUACCCUCCCUCCCUCCCUUCCAUUUUCUCCCUUCCUCUCUAACCCUCCUUCCCUCACUUUCUUUAUCUUUUCCCUCCCUCCCUCCCAUUUUCUCCCUUCCUCUCUAACCCUCCUUCCCUCACUUUCUUUAUCUUUUCCCUCCCUCCCUCCCUCUCUAUCCAUCCUUCCUUCCUUCCAGGAGCUGCUACACCUGUCCGGAGGUGAUGGAGCGCUACCGUCUGCCCGAGCGCUACGUGCGACCCUGCCAGGUUUGCCGCGUGGUGUCCCAGGGCAUCUGGUUCUACCACGUUGUCGUCCAUUGGGUCCUCAGCGACACCCUGGCUGAGGUCUACUAUGUGGACAUUGGAUACCUCACCACUGUCCAGAGGAACAGCCUCAAGUUCCUCAAGUAGGGCCCUGACUGUGACCAAAUGGCACCCUAUUCCCUAUAUAGUCCACUACUUUUGAGCAGGGCUCUGCUCAAAAGAAGUGCACUAUAUAAGGAAUAAGAAGUGCACUAUAUAGGGAAUAAAAAAACACUUGUUUUGAUCUGAGAAGACCGGACAUCCAGUGCACUUAAAAGUGAAUAGGGUGUCACUUGGGAUGUUGCCAAUCUCUUCCUUACUCUUGCCCAGACUAAUCAACAGCCGUAAAAUGUAGUCCUUUUAUUGGAAGUGAAUGUUUGUAUCCCUGGUCUCACCAUGUGUUGAUGUGUUGCUCUAUGCAAGGUGGUAACAGAAGGAGUUUAGUCUCUCCCUCUCAGGUCGUGUUACUCAGAGCUCCCGGCACAAGCAGUUGCCUCAUCGCUGUAUGGAAUCAAGCCUUUCGGUGUAAAACCUAAUAUGAUACCGUUUACACAAUCUUCCAUGACUGAUAUUCCCAUCCCUGGGCCCGUAUUCAUUCAUUCAUUCAUUCAUUCAUUCAUUCAUUCAUUCAUUCAUUCAUUCAUUCAUAUAGAGUAGUGUAUUAGUACUGAUCUAGGAUCAGAUCACAACCCAUCCCUUUGCCAUCCAUAUAAUCUAAAACUAAUCCUAUAUCAGCACUCCUCCUGUGACUUUGAAACAUACAGACUGGUCUAAGAACAGCUUUAACCCACCCCCUUUGUGUUCUCUCCCUCCUCCCAGGGCAGCUGGAGUGCCAAUGCCAAGACCUCCUUCCAGAAGCUGUGCUGUGAGCGCACCCUGGUGGUGGACCUGCACAGCUACCACGCCAGCUUCCUGCAGCUCUUCCUGUGCGACAGGCACACCCAGGAGGACGUGUACAUCCACAGCACCCUGCAGGCCCAGGGCCACGGACUCAGCUGCGCCCCCGCCGUCAGCGCAGCAGUCGGUCACACACACACUACACACACACACUACAUUCACAGAUUACACAUGUUAGCGCACACACAUGCUAGCACACACACACUAUAGUCAUACAGAUACACACACUAUAGUCAUACAGACACAAACGUUUCCCAUUCAAUGAUCCAAUGCAAUCUCUCAUAACCUUCUCUUCAUCCUACCCCUCCUCUCAGUUGUGUGGCCAGUUCAACCUCGUGAGCUUCUGUCUGGGCGAAGGCGUGUUCGACGAGGGGAUGGAAAUAGAGGACGAAGAGCCCACCCUGGAGCCUUGCCCCGAAGCCACCACCAGCACCACUCCCCAGCACACCACCAUCCACCCCCAGCCUAAGAGCUCCCCUUCCCACAUACACGCGGUACAGAACAACUCGUCUCUCUCUCAAGCACAUACGAAUACAUAUGGACGCACACACACUGACACACUGACACACACACACACACACAGACAACUCUGUCUGUCUGUCUGUCUGUCUGUCUGUCUGUCUGUCUGUCUGUCUGUCUGUCUGUCUCUCUUUCUCUCUCUCUCUCUCUAUCUCUCUCUCUCUCUCUCUCUCUCUCUCUCUCUCUCUCACUAACUAUAGCAUUCUCUCCUCCUCCGCCACACAACAGCCCUUAUCAGAGUAGAGGAGGCUCAGGCAGAGCAGCCCCAGCGUUAGUAGCAGCGGGCCCCGCUCCAGCUUUAGCUCUCGAGCUCCUCCCUAAGUGAAUUACUGCCACACUCCCUCCCCACCCACAGGGAGGGAGGGGGAGAGAGAGAGGGAGGGGGAGAGAGAGAGGGGGAGAGAGAAAGACAGCAAGGGGGGGGGGGGGGGAGGCAGUUAAAGUCGUUCUGCUGAAACGGGAAAGAGAUUAAUUCCAGUGGUCCGUCAGGUCUGUGUUAUGUGGGGAUGGAAGAGGGAGAGAGAGCAUCAUCCACCCCUUAUGGACACUGUACUGUGUUUCGCUAUGUGACGGACCCCAGUAAGACUAGCUGUUGCCAUUGGCAUAAAAUAAAACAUUUGGAGGCGUUUUCAGCUUUAGACCUGUUUGAUUUUCGCAUUGAUCGAGAUCGUCUUGUCCUGAUGCAUUUUGGAGAGUUGAUAGUGGUAGCCCUCUCCUGCAGUCAAAUGACUGAAUUGCCCUCUAGUGUCCUCAUUGGUGGGAUGUUAUUUAUAUUUUUCAUCAUUUCAUAAUUAAUAACCUUUUUUUGUUUUUUAAAGCCGAAAUUACGGUGUUUCUUUGUCGAAACGGUUUUGCUAUAUUUUAGUCUUCUGUGAUGUAUAUAAAGUGUAAUGCUGGGAUGUAAACUCAACAUUUAAAAUAUUGCAACUCUUAUCUGACCUGGUACAGGUGUCUUAUUUUUUUUAAGCCCAUAAUCAUGUGUGUUAGCUGUAUACUUUUGACUUUUAAGACUACCAAGAAUUUGUUUAAGACUACCAAGAAACACUCUGUGUGACCCUGAUUUAGCCCACUGCAGUAAAAGGACAUUAAGAGUCCACAGUCUCAUGAUGUGCAGGGAGAGAAUGAUCAUAUUUGCCAAAAAUUAUGUGGCAUAAGUUAGCAGCCCUGUUGGAAUACUUUUAAAAUAUGUCCUUCCUUCCUCCUUUACCUGAAGUGAUCACCUUCUUACACCGCGGGGUUCGGGAAAGCCAUAUAAUGGAAUUGUUGCUUAUACCUAGCCCAUUGGGUUAUAUCAGUCACUUUGUCAAGGAUAGGAGGGAAGAAGGAUGCGUAUAAAGUGCAGUAGUUGAAUAAUCCAUAUGUUUUAGACCCCUAACCUUGUGGGCGGGAACAAAGCCAAACAAUUGGAGGAGCUGCCUGACCUCCCGGCACUGGAGUUCAUCGAGGUCCAGGUAUGACCUUUGACCCCCCCGUUACACACUCCUAUCAGAACAUAGUUCUAGAACAGGGUGACAUUAAAAUAUAUUGUUAUCAUGUGUGUAAUUAGCUUGGUCCCAUAUCCGUUUGUGCCAACUACUUUGGUCAAUCGUGAUGAGACCGCACAAACAGACCUGGAACCAGGCUAAUGUAUAAUGCAACUGGGUUUAAAAAAGGAAUGAUCUAAUGUUGUGUGGUUAUAUUUCUCCAGGGGGGCCAGAAGGCAAUCCCGUUUGCAGCUCUGCAGAGUAAGAACCUACUGCUGUGCUGUAGUGACUGGAACCAGGGCUGGACACCCAACCCCACCACUACCCAACUCAAACCUGGGUAA